CUUGGUGUGAGUGCGAUGAUUGAAUGUCUUUGAGUGUACCUAGUACUCCUAAACAGCCUGACAAUAGCUUCAAUAGUGUACGUGAUUGUACCACAUAAUACCCCGCCAUAAUUACCUCGGUCUGUCCUUCAGACAUUUGGAGGUGAAUCACUACGAGCGUCGAUUUCAAUCUGACCAAGUUCAAUAUAUGGUAUAUGUUGUGUUGGGCUUAGAGAAACAAGUCGGGUCUCCAAUAUGGCAUCACAGUUACCUACUUUUCCUAGAUUCGUGUUCACCAUCAUUGAGCCGAUUUCAUUGAUUGCUGGCGCUGUUGCACCUUUCAUAUCGCCGGACUGGUUUAUUGAGGAGCAGAUAUCGAUUACAAAACCUAUUGCCCAUACAGAUAAUUCUCGCCUCGUAGCACUGCAGCUGGGAAACGCCUAUGGGUUGCUGUUUUUGCUUGGGGUUGCCGUCCUUUACACGAGCUCAGAGUUGAAAGUCGUUCGGAAUUACUUAUGGGCUCUGUGGGUUGCGGAUCUGGGGCAUGUUGGUCUCACGGCUUACUUGCUGGGCUAUGAUAGAUCCUUGGCUGUAGCUGAUUGGAACGCCAUGACAUGGGGAAACAUUGGAGCUACAGUAUUUCUUUGCCUGACUAGAACAGCAUAUUUGCUUGGGUUCUUCGAUAACAAUACACAUACUUCCCUGGGCAGGAAAAAGACUAAUUGAUGUUGGCUAAGUUCCUUGAGUAGCAGUCUGGGGAGGUAUCCUCGCCCCGCAUUCAUGCAGUCAACCUCAUGAUCCUGUUGCAAUUUCUCGUGUCAUCAGAUCAAACCAUUAACCACGUCGAUAUUAGUAUAGCAAGGAGUCAAUUCAGCUUUAAAUUUCUAGCAACAUUUGAUUGUCAGGCUACGAUACACUUAAUGUUGUCGUAUUUCCAACCAAUCAUUGUGCCCAGUGUUUGUACGUAGCUGAUGUGUUAGUCAUGCAUUAAACAGGAAACCAAUAUCUAUUCUGUUGCGGGGCGUCACGUUCAACAGUGAUAAGGGACGGAACUUACGAGAAGGUGAUACUUUGGGGCAAAAACAAUAUCAAAUCUGGUAAACCACUUCAUAUAUAAGAAAGCAUUCCGACA